AUGUCUAGAAGGGUGGUAGUUACGGGGCUUGGUUGCGUGACACCGCUGGGGAAGAGCGUGAAGGAAUCAUGGCAUAGGCUGUUGCAACGGGACAGCAAUGGUCUGGUAAAGUUGGAUCAAUUGACCAAAGGUGAUUUCGCCAAGUGGCGUGGUAUAUUCCCGCCAGAGCUGCGAGUUGGUGCUGUUUCACCAAUUGAAUCAUUUGAAGUAAACUCGCAGCUGUUCACUUCGCAGGACGACAGAAGGAUGUCCCGGUUCAUCAAGCUGGCUACAAUUGCUAGUUAUGAGGCCCUAGUGAGUAGUGGACUAGUGAAUAAGGAAACAAAGAUGUCGGAGGAUGGUAGGAUACCAAUCGACCAGCAUAAUCAAGGGAUCGACCCCGAUAAAGUAGGAUGUCUCAUCGGAUCAGGGAUUGGAUCAAUCGAGGACAUAUAUGAGACAUCGGUAACCUUUGACUCAAACACGAAGAAGAACAGAAUAAAUCCAUACUUUGUGCCGAGGAUCCUGACCAACAUGGCUGCAGGUAACAUUGCGAUAAAGUUUAACCUGAGAGGUCCGACGCAUAGUGUAUCCACCGCAUGUGCUACUGGAAACAACGCCAUAGGUGAUGGCUAUAACAUGAUCAAGUUGGGGAUGCAAGAUAUCUGCCUCGCUGGUGCGUCAGAGGCAAGUGUUCACCCGUUAAGUCUGGCUGGUUUCCUGAGGGCUAAGAGUCUAUCACCAGAUGGUAUAUCCAGACCUUUCGAUGAAGAGAGAAACGGUUUUGUCCUGGGUGAAGGUGCCGGUAUUGUGGUGUUGGAAUCACUCGAGAGUGCUGAGCGUAGAGGAGCGCCAAUUCUUGCAGAGAUAGUCGGUUAUGGGCUAAGUUGUGACGCACACCACAUAACGUCACCACCGAAUGACGGAGAAGGUGCAAGCCGUGCAAUCAAGAUGGCACUAGAUUUAUCACAUGGGAAUGUGAAUGCCAGGGAUAUUGAAUACGUUAACGCUCAUGCAACAUCUACAAAGUUGGGCGAUAAUACCGAAUGCUGUGCCAUACAGAACACUCUAAUUGAUAAUGUGAAUAGACAGAAGCCCCUAUACAUAUCGAGUAAUAAGGGCUCUAUUGGGCACUUGCUUGGUGCAGCUGGUGCAGCUGAGAGUAUUUUUACGAUAUUGUCACUGUAUAACAGGACUAUUCCGCACACUUACAAUCUGAAGAAUGUUUUGGGAAAUUUUGAAAGCUCGUCAAUGCGUUUUGUCAAGAGCCAGCCACACAAAGUAGCAGAUUUGGAAUAUGCUUUAUGUAAUAGUUUCGGAUUUGGGGGUGUUAAUACAUCUCUACUCUUCAGGAGAUGGCAUGAAUAA